AUGGACAAGAUGUUGGAGUCUUUGGAGGACCUGCUCGACGAUUUUGCCGACCCAGAGUACGAAGUGGACUACGGGAGCGGGGUGCUCACCUUGAAGCUGGGCUGCCACGGCACAUACGUGAUCAACAAACAGCCCCCGAACAAGCAAAUAUGGUUGUCAUCUCCAUUGAGUGGACCGAAACGAUACGACUACGUGCCUGAAGACGACGGCUGGGUCUACUCGCGGGACGCGAGGUCGCUGAACGAUUUGCUCAAUCAAGAACUGAGCGAUAUUUUUGGCCGGACAAUCGAUCUUAGGCUGGCCAAUGUAUCUACUCAGACGCGCUGA